AUGUCUUACUGGGAAGCCACGGGGCCAGCCUUGGAGGCUUACAAUCAACUGAUACCAAGAAUCUACAAGACCCUGGAGGAGAGGCAGGGGCCUCUCCCCAAUUCAGAUUUCAUUUGGUUCGGUCUCUACAUGGUUGGGCCCGACAUGGAAACUGCAAUGCCGCACAUCAUGUUUACAGGAGAGAACAAAGUUGCAAGAAAAAGAGCAAUGAAGAUCAUCAAAGAGAGCAGGCUGUUGGCCGAACACCCAGGGAUGCACGUUGGCCAAUGGGCCGAACCACCACAUAUCGGAAAUCAGACACUUUGUGGUGGCACUACAAGCACAAAAGCUUUCAACGGUCGAAAUUUGGAUGAGAGUCGCCGCUACUGGGUCCAGCUUGAACAGUUUCUCACAGGUUCACGUCGGUCCACAAGCCUGAAAAUUCACUUUGACCACGGAACAGUAUCUGCAACCAGCGGCCUCGGUUGGGAGCUCGACGACGUCCAAUACUGGCUGACCGCAGCUCAUAUAUUUCGCGAUCCACGACUCUGGGAAAAUCUCCACCAUAAUGAGUCAGACACAAGUUCCUCGGAAUUUGAAUUUGAUGGAUUCAGAGACUAUGACGUGCACAUGAAUUAUGAUGCCACGCCAGCAACUGAAGGCCAUCCAACCAUACUCUCAACGGACGAAGAAGGCACCGUUCAUCCAUUGUCUCCCAGUUCAGAUGUAAUCCACAGAGGUUCAAAAUCACAUACAGCAGAAUCUCAAGGAACAAAACAUCUCAAGGCCCAAACGUCAGGUGCAUCUACCCGAACAAUGCUAACGAGCAUUCACAUAAGCUUAAAAGACUGCCUUUUUACCUCGACUGCACUCGACUACGCUCUUUUCAAAUCACCCUAUGGGAGCUACCAUAAACCAUACCGCGGCAUGGAGCUUCUGACCUCGGCUUUGAUCGUUGAGCCUACAGAGCAGGGGAGCAUAGCUCAGGUUCACUCGUCCCAUGGAAUUCUGUCAGGCACUAUCAAAAAAAGUGCCACACAUGUACUGCUCCCAGGCAGCACAAGAUACCAAGAGGUCUUUGUGGCUUACCUAGACUCGGGUGUUCGCGCCGGGGACUCGGGAGCUGUAGUCGCCAACGAGACGGGCCAGGUGUACGGUCAUAUAGUGAGCGGGAGCUCCACGUCGGUUGCAUUUGUAGUACCGCUAAGCCAUGUCUACAAUGACAUUAUCCAACAAUCGCAUAACAAGUCACAUGCUGGCUGGAGUCAAUACAUGAAAUCGCUCGAGGGUCUCCCUAACCUGGGGCGUGACAAGUACCCAACCUCGUGGGCACAGAUCAUGCUUGAUAAGAGGUGGAUCGCAUAUUUGGGGACGCUCAAGGGCCACAAGGGUCUAGUCCGCUCAAUGGCCAUGUCGGCGAAUGGCCAAUUCAUGGCGUCGUCGUCGGCAGAUGCCACUGUGCGGAUCUGGAACAUCCAAACGGGUGCGCAACAACAAGAGAUUGCCAAUCGCAUGGGCCGAUUUCCCUCGCUGGCGAUCUCCGCUACUGGACAGUUUGUGGCGUUCACGACCGACGAUCAUUUUGUGCAAACCUUGGACGUCAAGACGGGCGCAAUACAGUCAGUAAUCGGGGUUGGCAGCGCCGAAGGUCCUGUUUCGUCAGUGGCAAUGUCGGCCAACGGCCAAUUUGUGGCAAUAAAUCAGUAUGUGGAACUACGAACGAUAACAACAGACAAUCAAUGGGUAGGCACCGUCAGUAUCUGGAAUAUCUUCACGGGCACCAAAGAGUAUGAUCUACAAUGGCGAUGUUCCAAAGCGUACGCGUACAUUCCAAUGGCAAUAUCAUCUAAUGGGCAAUUUGUCGCCUUGGCGUCGAGCCCAGAUGGUGUUGUACGUGUUUGGGAUGCUAAAUUGGGCCAGGGCGAGUACCUAUUGAAAGGCCAUAGGGGUUGGAUCAACUCAUUGGUGAUUUCCCCCAAUGGAGUAUCCGUAAUUUCGGCAGGCAAUGAUAGGACAGUACGGAUCUGGGACGUCAAGACAGGUGCAGAGCAACGAAGACUUGUGGGCCACAGGAGUCCGAUCAAACUGUUAGCAGUCUCGACAAACGGUCAGUACGUUAUCUCGUCAUCUGAGGAUGGGAUGGUGAGAAUAUGGGACUUCAGAACGGGUCAGAAAAAGCAGACGGUGCAGGAUCUGAGGGGCCGGAUUCAAGCGGUGGCGGUCUCCAGGACUGGAAGAUUUUUAAUUUCUGCAUCAGAGGCCAAUUUACUGUUUGUUUGGCAGUGGACUCCAAUUGAGCGAGCUUCAGAGGCUUCACGAGUAUAG